AUGAAUAACGAAAAGUGGUUCCAACUUGUUCAACACUAUCAAGAACAAAUACCAUCUAAUGUUCACAAGUACAUCAUUCAGACGUAUGCAGAUGGUCAAGAAAGCUUAAGGCGCCAUCAUGCAUCUGUCUGGGAAACAUCGUCAAGAACCGAAAUUUUCCUAAUGGUCUUUUCGAUUCUUUUAUGGUGUGUGAUGAUGUUUUUGGUGUCGCUAGGUUACAUAGUAGCGCGCACGCGGUAUAGAUCUUCUAAGAGAUCAAAUUCAUCGCAAUUAUCUGCCAGCCAAGUUCCCGGUGUAUCAAUUAUAAGACCGCUUAAAGGGGUGGACGUCAAUUUGUUGGAGAAUCUCGCGUCUUCAUUCAGACAAGAUUAUCCUAAAUUCGAAAUUAUCUUUUCCGUCGCAAGCGAAAAUGAUCCGGCCGUGAAAGUGGUGAAAAAAUUGAUGAAAAAAUUUCCAAACGCAGAUGUUAAUUUAAUAAUAGGUCAACGAGAGGUAGGCGUGAACCCAAAAAUAAACAACUUAAUUCGAGCUUACGAAUCUGUAAAAUAUGACAUAAUCUGGAUCUUGGACUCAAAUGUCUAUGUUGACCCGGGAUGUCUCGGAAGAUCGGUGGAUAAACUGAUUCAACCUGGCGUCGGUCUUGUUCAUCAUCUUCCCUUUGCCAUUAGACCAGAGACUUUUGGUUCGGAAUUGGAAAUGAUGUUUAUGGACACCGUUCAUGCAAAAAUGUAUUUAGCCAUCAACGCUAUAGGUCCGGAUAGUUGUGUCGUAGGUAAAUCAAAUCUAUAUCGCAAGAGCGAUCUCGAAAGCGUUGGAGGUCUGGCUCAAUUCGGAAAAUAUAUGGCCGAGGAUAAUCUUAUUGCUAGAGCUCUUUGGCGAAAAGGCUUUAAACAUGAAAUGACCAGUGAUUUAGCUUAUCAACCACUGGGUUCCAUGGCUACUGCAGAUUACUUCUUGCGUCGAUCACGUUGGACUCGAAUUCGAAAGUAUACUGUCACAGCUGCUACAGUUGUCGAGCCUUUCACGGAAUCCAUAUUAUGUGGUUUAUGUGCCUCUUUUGGUUUCAAUUUGUUGUGGAAUAUUCAUCCGCUCAAUUUCUUGGCUUUUCAUCUUAUUCUUUGGUUUUGGUUGGAUCUUAAGUUAUUCCAAUCUUUAAACAAAACGACCCUUAAUAUGGAAAGUUUGCGUGGUUUCAUAAUGGCUUGGGCUAUGCGUGAAAUUACUGCGUUGCCGUUGUAUAUUUAUUCUGUGCUUGGUAAUAAUGUAGAUUGGCGUGACGGAACUUUUCGUUUGAUGCGAGAUUCGACAGUAGAAAGAAUACCCUCCCCACAUCAACACCGAUCAACCGGUAGCCUUUCAUUACCUUCCUUGGCUCGCAACAUUGCUGCUAUAACCAAUUAUAACACAACUCACUCAACUUCUAAUAUUCAGAGGAACGCAUUCUACCAACGACAAUUUGUUGUUUCCAUCCUCACUUCGAUAAUAUUAGUAAUUGACAUUAUAAUGGACAUUUUGUUCUCUAGUAACCGAAACGGGAAUCCUGUAGAGAAUUUGGAAGCUGAUGAGUUGAGGGAUUCUGGAAAAGAAAAAGUUAGGAAACGUAGGAGUGGUCGAAAGUCGAUUGGUGAUGCUGAAAGUGAUCCUAUGAUGGAUAUUGACAGUUCAGAUGAACUACACAUUAGUAACCAAGAUGAUCCAAUUAUUCAAGCUGCUGGUCAAUACUUGAAAAAUACUUUGAGCAGAACGAGUCAAUGUUUUGAAGAAUUAUAUCAUGAAGAAUCCGACGAGACAAAUGAUUCUGAUAUAGACAACAAUAAUUUGAAAUCAAACGAAGAAGCCCUAUCGGCGACGUCAAGGAAUAAUUGCCCAUCUCCUUCAACGGGUGACAAAGAGGUCAUUACUGAUACGAGACGUCCUUCAAUUUUAAAUGAAAUAUAUCGAAGUGUAUCCAUUGGACUUUCGAUGCACCUCCAAAACGAAAAGAAUAUUAUUGAAGGUCAAAAAUUAAGACGUAGACAAAGCGUCUCGGUCAGUAGUUCUAGCAACACGUCAAAGAUCUCAGAAAGAUCAAGAAAAAAUGGUAGAAGUAUGUCGUUAGACAAUAUAUGA